AUGGAAGAAGCCUGCUCAUAUCCUGAUUGUAAAGUAUCUCCCACAUUUAGGUGCAGAUGCAGCAAUAAUUUAUUUUGUGCAGCUCAUAUAGGUGAACACAUGCUAAAGCCUGGCUUAUUGCAUCUCUCAGAGACUCUAUAUAUAAAUAUUGAUCCUGAGACUAAAAACCAUCUUAUAUCAAAAUUAAAAGAGAUAACUUCAAGCCUCCUUAACAUGGAAACACAACUAUUUAGCACCACUAAAGCUAUGAUAAAUUCAAUAGAACAAAUUACUUUGAAAAAUCUAGCAUUUAUAAACGAAUUGUAUAGAAAAUGUAACAAAAUUAUUUUAUACUGUGAAUCUGUGAAUGGCAUUAAUAAAGCAUGUGAUAUAGGGAAAUUGGAUUAUUAUUUAAUUAAAAGGCCUGAAGAAAUUAUUUGUGAACUAGCUGACUGAGAAAUCCCUAAAGUGACCAUAAAGCUUGAUGAUUUUACUAAGACUAUUGACGGCUUAAUCAGUUAUAGCUCAAUUUCUACAAUUUUGCAGGGAAAUAUUAUUGAAGAAAAACUAGAAAUUGAAGAAGUUUCAGGAUCUUAUCAAGGAGAGUUUUGCAAUGGAUAUCGGCAUGGAAAUGGAACAUUAAUCACACCAAAUAAUGAUAAAUAUGUGGGUAGCUGAGAAUUAGGCCACCGAUCUGGAAGAGGAAUAUGUACCUAUGCAGAUGGCAGUGAAUAUAAUGGUGAAUGGCAAAAUGAUCUAGAGCAUGGCCAAGGCACAAAAACUUGGAAAAAUGGAGAUAUUUACAUUGGAGGUUUUAAAAAUGGCUCAAGAGAAGGGCUUGGAGAGAUGAUCUAUGAUAGCAAAAUGAAAAACUAUAAAGGAGAAUGAAUAAAUAACAGAAAAGAAGGAAAAGGAGUGCUUAAAGUCACUGAUGACUAUGAAUAUGAAGGAGAAUGGGUUGAUGAUUUCCCAGAUGGCUCAGGAAUUAAAAAAUGGAUUAAAUCCAAAAAUGUUUAUAAAGGAGAGUUUUGCUAUGGAAAUAUGACUGGAAAAGGAAUUAUGAGCUAUGGGAAUGGAGAUUACUAUGAAGGAGACUGAAGAGAUUCAAUGAGACACGGAGAAACAGGGAUCUUUGUAUUUGAGGGUGGAGUUUAUACAGGAUCCUGAAAUAAUGAUAAAUGGCAUGGAGAAGGAAAAUUGGCACUCCCUGAUAAAAGCUGUUAUCAAGGAUUGUUUAGAGAAGGGCUUAGAGAUGGAUACGGAACAUUAGAAACAAAUGAAGGAUGCACAUAUCAAGGUAACUGAGUAAAAGAUAAAAAGGAAGGUUUUGGAAUAUUAAAUGACACAAAAACAGGAGAAAAGUACGAAGGAAAAUGGGUGAAUGAUAAAAUGCAUGAUAUUAAAGCAAAAGUAAUCAUGCAUGGUGGAAUUAUUUUAAAAGGAGAAUAUAAAGAAGGAAAUAGAGUUGGUAAAUGGGAAAUAGACUAUCCAAACGGAAAAAAGAAAAUUAUUCGAAUGAAAGCCAAAUAA